UUUGCAGAAAACAAGACCAACAGUUGUCUAUCUGAAACCAGCGGUAGUCUGUGUCUCUGUGUUUCGAGGAUUAUUCAAAGAAGUGUAAAAAAUGGAAACAAAAACAGUAAUAGCAGCAACUACAUGUUAUGCUAACGUUAUUGGGUCUUAUAAACCGAAGCGUUUUGCUGUUUUUUCCAUCAAAAGAGACCCAAAAAAGAGAGCUUUGGCUCAAAAGAUGAUACGGCAAUGGAAGAGGGAUCAGGGUGUUUUUGGAAAGGAAACUUGUGCCGAUUGUGCAUCAUUAAUACAGACAUUGUGUAAGCAUAAAAGGCCUCAUCUAGCUGAGGAGCUUUUACUAGAGUUGAAAUGUGAAGGGUUUUUACCAGACAACCGUACCCUUUCAGCUAUGAUGCUUUGUUAUGCUGAUAGUGGGCUUUUAUCUCAAGCUCAGGCGAUAUGGGAGGAAAUGUUGUAUAGUUCUUUUGUGCCUAGUGUUCAAGUAAUUUCGGAUUUAAUUGACAUUUAUGCAAAGAGUGGACUUUUUGAUGAAGUAAUCAAAAUUCUUGAUCAGUUGAGUUCUUUGAGAACUUUUGACUUUUUACCUCAGGUUUACUCACUGGCCAUCUCUUGCUUUGGAAAGGGUGGUCAACUUGAGUUGAUGGAGGAUACGUUGAAGAAGAUGGUCUCCAAAGGUUUUUGGGUAGACUCUGCCACUGGCAAUGCUUUUGUUGUUUAUUAUAGUCUUCACGGUUCUUUGGCAGAGAUGGAAGCUGCUUAUGAUCGCCUUAAAAGGUCUAGACUCCUCAUAGAAAGAGAAGGAAUCAGAGCAAUGUCAUUUGCGUAUAUAAAGGAAAGAAAAUUUUACGGGCUAAGCGAGUUCUUAAGGGAUGUAGGUCUUGGUAGGAAAAAUCUGGGAAACCUUAUUUGGAACCUUCUUCUUCUAUCUUAUUCUGCUAAUUUUAAGAUGAAAACUUUGCAGAGGGAAUUUCUGAAGAUGUUGGAAGCAGGAUUUCAUCCUGAUCUUACUACAUUUAAUAUACGAGCUUUGGCUUUUUCAAGAAUGUCUUUGUUGUGGGAUCUCCAUCUUGGCCUUGAACAUAUGAAACAUGAUAAGGUUGCUCCUGAUCUUGUGACUUAUGGUUGUAUUGUUGAUGCAUACUUGGAUAGAAGAUUGGUUAGAAACUUGGAAUUUGCUCUCAGCAAGAUGCAUGUGGAUAAUUCUCCAGUGUUAUCAACAGAUCCUUUUGUGUUUGAAGUUUUCGGGAAAGGGGAUUUCCAUUCAAGCUCAGAGGCAUUUAUGGAAUUUAAGAGGCAGAGGAAGUGGACUUACAGAGAGCUCAUUAAAAUAUAUCUCAGGAAACAACACAGAAGUAAACAUAUCUUUUGGAAUUACUGACAAUUGGCCAUAUGUGACUCUGAUGAAUCUCGGUUGGUUUGACUGAAAAUUGAAGUAUGCUCAUGUAGAAUUCUUUUAGGUUCCUAGAGUUUGUGGUCAUUAUGCAACCUGGAGCUAUUAUUACUUUGUAUUUUGUUGGAAAAGAUGAUGAUUUUUGCUUCAGAUGUCUACUCUGCUUGAUAGCAAUUCCAUGUCUGAUGAUUAGACUAAUUGUCCAAAAGAUGUCCCCUGUCAUCUUAAAUUCUAGAAUAUUUUUCAAAUCUUGCUGAUCUAAGGAUGGUUACCCCUGCAGAGGCUGAAGAUGAAAUUGGACAUGGUUGAGAUAUAAAUUGUCAGUUUCAUUUGUAAAUACUGGAGAAAUCUGAAUGAGUGCUGUUGGAUUCACUGUACCUGGUCGAAUACUCAACUACAUACCAAUAUCUGCGAGCUACGUAAGAAUGUAAAACAAGCUUCAGAUUGUAGGUUGCUUUGAAUGAUGACGUCCUGACAACAGAUCAGAAAUAAAUGAACGGCAAAGCUUGCAGUGGUUGUACUUGUGGGAUCUAUGAUAUGCUAUGGAAUUAGUAAACAUUGCAUCUUCAGAAAAAUUGAAGUUUGCACAAGCAGAUUUUUUUCCUUUUCAGUUAAAAAAGAAGUCUUGGAAGCGUGUAAAACUCACUUGAACUGUGGAAAAUUGGCUGUGAUUAGGUGAACUUCCUGUGCUCUCCCCAAGCAUGAUGUUAGGCAUGUUUACUUCAGCAAGUUCUCUCAAUCUUUUAAGCUCAGGUAGCAUGACUGAUCCAAGAUCUGGUCUGUCUUUUUGCCUCAGUUCUGCACAUCGAAGAGCUAACUUGGUGAAUUUCAUGGCUUCCUUGAUGGGCCAGUUUGGAACAUCUGGGUCAAGCAUCUCUGCAAAAGUUCCUGUCUCAAUUGCCCUCUCAACAUGAUGAGUUAAACCCAUAGGUGGCUUGGCUGUUAUUAUUUGUAGAAGCAGGAUGCCAAAUGAGUAACAGAAUGUUCCAGCUGUUGAUGUCAUGCGAUAUUGAGUAACUGUGUAGGCUACUGAUGGAGGGACAAGCCUGGCCAAGCCAACAUCACCAAUCUUACUUACAUAGUUGCAUUCAAGCAAGAUGUUGCCUGGUUUUAGAUCACAGUGCACAAGUGGUUCUGGUUUGGUUUGAUGGAGGAAAAGAAGGCCAGUGCCAAUUUCUGCAGCAAUCCAGGAUCUUAGUUGCCAAGAAAGAGGUGACUAUUUCCUCGGCGGAACAGGCUGUCUUCCAAGCUUCUGGUAGCCAUAUACUCAUAGACUAAGCAACCAUACUUUAGGCAUGCUCCAAGGAGGAGAACCAUGUUUGGAUGCCUUAUGCAGGAUAAUACUUCAAUCUGCAUAGAAAUUGUCAGAAUACAUCUUUAGAACAAAUGGUUCAAUAGAACAAAAAAGUUAAAAUAAUAACAAUAAAAGAAAGAAAAGAGAAGAAGGGGCAGUGCCAUUUCACUGGAUUUUGUUUAGUUUCUUCCUAAAGCAAAAAAGAAAAAAACAGCUUGUGUUUGAGAAACUUAAAUCCAAUACAUGUGGCUCAACUUUUACGAGCUGGAGGAAGGCAAUUGAUUAGCUCAAAAUAGUCGGGACUUUUUUUUGCUUGACCAUUACUGGCUAAAUAAAUCUGAUUAGUUUUUAGUCAGCUCUUUGACAUUUCAAAAAUCACUAGGUUUGGUUUCUCCUUUUGUGGUUUCUAAAGAAAAGAGUGAGAAGUUACUAGUUCCCCAAUUCAAUUCCUCAUGUUGACUUUGUUUAUCACUUCUGCUAGGAUGUUAGUUUCAUCAUUUUGAAUUCAGUUUCAUUAGUUUAAUUCCAGAAAGUUUUGAUGGAUAUAUGGAGGUUUUCUGGUGUAUUUACUUAUUUAAUUUCGGUUGAUGGACAGAGCCUCUCGCUGAAACUGUGACACAUUCCUUGAGCUGCAUCUGGAUGUAAGACUUUAAUGGCCACCGGUGUAUGAUCCAGAUAACACCUGUAAUCAGGCCAUUAACCUCCUUCUCCAAUCUUGAGUGAGUUUGAAAACUCAUUUGUUGCUGCUUCAAUCUCCUCAAUUGUGUAUUUUUGAUACCGAAGAUCACUGUUUGAAAUGGAUUCUAGUGCUUUCUUCUUCUCCUCAGAUUCCUUUUGAGCUAUCUUUUCUGCAUUUAGCCUUUUCUGUAAUUCUAAUUCGGCGAUCCUUUGAGCUGCUUCAGCUGCCUCAAUGGCUGCUUUAAACUUGGCUUUCUCCUUUGCUACCAGUUGCAAUGCUGCUUCCUCUGCUAAUCAUGCUUCUUCUAACCUUAGUUCUUCUUCCAAUUUCCAAUGAUGAAGUUCCCUGGCCUGCAAUGAAAUUACAUCAGAAUUCAAUCAAAUUGCAUUUGAACUCAAGGUUUGAUUUUUUACUUUUAUGUGUUUAGGCAUGCCUUUAUUAGUGUGUCCAUUGGUGCUUUUGGAUACUUUGAGCUAUUUGUUUAUUUUGACUUUCAAGUUUGAGUAACAUACUAAUUUACGAGGAGCUUGUUUGAAGAAAAUGAAAAGAGAGCAUGAAUAAUAAAUAAUGGAAUGAUGCCAUGCCCCUCACAUAGUUUUAAAUGUACUGAUAAUUUCAUUCUGAAGGAUGAACUUUUUUUCACCAAAGAACUAACAAAAUUUAGACUCCGCUCAAAGAAAUUUGAAAUGUCAAGUGCCUUCUGUUUUCCUGUUAGUGCUUCCUUGCAUGCUGAGCUAUACAUGUCCAUUGUUUGCUUGAGCUCAUGUCUGAGCCUCCACAUCUCAGCUUCCAUAUUAUCCUAUAAAUUUUGAAUGAAGCAUGCAUUAUCUUUCUGUUUUCUAUCUAUUCUAAUGUGAAUCAUUGUACGCUACAUGAGUGUGUCUUUCUUUCCCUAACGUUUAUUAUUGUCGCCCAUGAUUACAUGUUAUGAAUGAUUAUGUUUCUAUGGUAAUCAUAACACCCCUAAAAAAAACUUAUAAAGAAGGUGAUGGGUUUGAAAGAAAAUGGGGAGACAUCUACUGGGACGCUUUUCCCUUUCAUUGCCAGGGAACAUACUUCAAUCAGGAUCAUACAUAAAUUGAUGCAUGUUGGUGGGUGUUUAUGCAUUUGUUAACCAUUCUUUCUCUGGGACUUCAUGUCCUUACCAUGUUCUGUGAAGAUGACCAUGAUGUGCCACUCUCCUUCUUAGGUUGAUGAGAAAUUAUACUUGAUCUCGCAUCUAUUGAUUUAUUUCCUGAGUUUGAUGACCCAAAGGAUCUAUAAUCAUUAUCUGAGAGGUUUGAAAGCCGAGGUACCAUUCCAGUUUCUAAGCCGUCAUGGAAAGUAGGAAACAUGCGAUCAGUGCUUGGCCUUCCGCUGCUUACAAAUGAUAUGUAAGAACCUGGAACCGUUUCAUAUCUGGCUAUUCCACCUCUUCUAGUGAAUGGUGACGUGUUUCAGUGAUUAUCAGGUUUGUCCUCUCAUUGAUACGAGGAUAGUCUCUAAUCAGAAAUUUCCGUCAUCUUUAAAUAGUCUCUGCUUAAAGAUCUACUGGUGCUUUUAACCAGUCUUGUUAUCAGUGCUUGUGUCAAAAUGUCAGCCAAGUGAGCAUGGACGGCAUAGCUUUUGUGGUGAGAAAUAUUAUGGCUUUGCUUUGACUUGUCUUUAGUUGGUGAAGGAAAGCGGUAGUGCUGGGACUAGUGAUACGAGCAAAACAACAACAGCAAAAAAAAGAAGAAGCAACGGAAUGGAAGGAACAACUCUUUGGCUUGGCUGUCAAUUUGUUUGCUAUAUGUUCUAGCAACCUCAUCAUUGACUUAGUUGAUGGAGACUUGGUUUCCACCUGCAACCGAAGGGACAAUUGUUAUGGUGAUCAGUACGAUGCUUAUAAUUCCCAUGUCAAAUAUUUAGUUAAGAGCAACCAAAUCAAUGUCUAAUAAGAAUUGAAAAGAUUUUUGAUAUCAGAACUGCUAGCUUAAACCGUAA